AUGCCGCCUCCCAGGACGAGAGCGGAGGUCCAAGCCCAGAAGCAAAAGGAAAAGCUUGCCCAAUCCUACAGUGAGCUUCUAAAAGAGUUCUCGUCGAAAGACCUCCGAAAUGUCGGAAACUAUACUCUCGGAAGACUGAUUGGAAAGGGUUCUUUUGGAAAGGUCUAUCUCGCUUCCCAUAAGCUUACCAAUGGCUCAAAGGUGGUCCUCAAGUCCUCGAGCAAAGACGAUACGAACCUUGCCCGAGAAAUUCACCACCAUCGCCAAUUCCUCCACCCACACAUUGCCCGCCUCUAUGAAGUUAUUGUGACCGAAAAGUUGGUUUGGCUGGUGCUCGAAUAUUGUCCUGGUGACGAACUCUAUAAUUACCUCCUCCAGAACGGCCCUCUCCAUAUUGAUAAAGUAAAGAAGAUAUUCACGCAACUUGUUGGAGCAGUAGCCUAUGUCCACAGCAAAUCCUGUGUUCACCGAGACCUUAAGCUAGAGAACAUCCUACUUGACAAACACGAAAAUGUCAAACUAUGCGACUUUGGUUUCACGAGGGAAUACGAAGGCAAAGCAAGCUAUCUCCAGACAUUUUGCGGAACCGUUUGCUACAGCGCACCCGAGAUGCUCAAGGCCGAGAAGUAUGCUGGAGAAAAAGUGGAUGUUUGGAGCUUGGGAAUUAUUCUAUAUGCGCUGAUCGCAGGCGAGCUUCCCUUUGACGAGGAUGACGAUCAGGUCACUAAAGCCCGAAUUCUUACCGAGGAGCCGACUUUCAACGAUAAGUUCACAGCGGAUGCGAAGGCACUCAUCAACCUACUGUUGUCAAAGCGACCGCUUCUCCGACCCAGCCUCAGUGACAUUCUAGCUCAUCCUUUCCUUUCGGAGCAUGCACCAGAACAACUCGCGAUCCUAAAAAUCCCACGACCACCGGCUUUUUCAACCCCUUUAGAGAAGACCACCCUCCAACGAAUGAAAAGUGCAGGUGUCAAUAUCGAUGAGGUCAUGGAGAGUGUCCUUGCUCAACGCUGUGAUGCCCUCGCCGGUUGGUGGGCGCUACUGAUCGAGAAGGAGCAACGUAAGGAGCGAAAGCGAGAACGAAAGCGAAGGGAGCGGGAGGCUGAGGCGAAGAACAUCCGCCGUUUAAGUGCAGCGAGCAGUCGUCUAGAAAAGAUCUCAGCUGCACUAGUAGAAGUGGACGAAGAGGGCCAUACUACAUCUAUUCAGGAACGAGGACGAAGAGAUCGACGGAGUUUACCGUCUCAGCUUGCUGUUCCCGAGUUGCCAAUGCUUCCGGAGCCAGCACCUUUACCAUCCCCAGACCUCACCACUCCACCUCCUCCUGUUGACAAAGAUUCUAUACGAUCGACCAGCUCUACCAGCCGUCGCCCAGCGCCCCCACCCAAGGAUGUACGACGCUCCCGACCCAGUACGCUACAUGUGAGCGCGUCCCAACCCGAAUUAUCACAACACGGUGGAAUCUUCCGGCGCCGUCCUGGUCGCCGCCAGUAUCCAAUAAUUAGCCAGUUAGCUUCUCUAAAGCACUGGUUUGUGGAGUCUGCAAAGAGAGCCAAGUCACCCCAUCCAAAAUCUACAGGUGGGGCACAUCGCAAGUUACUGUCUGAAAGAUUGAGCCCGGCAAAAGGACAGGAACCCGGAAAGAAAUCCUCGCUAUCAUCUUCAACUUCUGCUCAACAGGAUUUGGCUACACCUACCGAGAUUAAACGUGCAUCCAACGCAAGCAGCCUGGCUCCAAGCAGUGCUUCGUAUCCUAAUCACCGCCAUUCAUACCCUCGCCAGACCCGGCCCUUGAGUACAAGUCAUGCAAGCCAUCGAAACUCAUUGUCACCAUCACCGCUUACUCCACGAGGUUCCUAUCGACGGUCCUCGGCUGGCUUACGCGGCCGCAAGUCGACCUCUUCGUCUGUGUCGUCCAUCCGGAGCAUUCACCAUACUCACACCCAUUCGAAAGCAUCAUCUAUCUCGUCAACUAGCAUAGGCUCGGCGUCCACCCCAACAGCGCGAACUGCAAAAUCACCCCACUCCUCGGUCAAAGUACUUCCAACUACGCCAAGUAUGUCUGCUCGUUUUCCUACCAAUAUUCGCUUAGUGCGAGGCUCAAAUGCUGGAUACCGGGAAGCAGAUGAUUGCAACGGAGUCAUGACUUCAUCCUUUAAUGAAGCUGCCCCUACACCCCUGCUCUAUUCCCCAUCCUCUAGUCUUGUGUUUGCACGCCGCAAACGGUCUACAUUCAAGGGACCGAUGGUUCAUACGGCCAACCUGAUGGUAUCUGGCGGAAUUCCCGGGUCCGAAUUUCCUAACGGUGACAUUUCCUCUCUGAAGGCAAAUCGACCGGCAACGCGGAAGAGCCAGAUUAUCGAAGAAGAGGAAGAUUUGGAAGGUGAGGAUGAAUAUGAGGAAGUCGAUACGUUUACCGGAACGGAGGAAGAGCCUACUUCACCCACCAGCAUUACAAAACCAGAAGACUUGGCCUUGGAUGGCUCUCCUGGACGUAACCGCAAACCUAUUCUGGAAGCUGCUCCUGAUCUUGACUCGAGUCCGCUUCGCCCACCGCGCUCCUCGUCAUUGAAAGCAGAGUCAACAGGCACAAUUAUCGAGUUUGGUCAGCUUGACGACAAAGCUGUCUUGACUGCUUCCCCGAAAUCAGUGUCUUCAGGUAAACAAAGCCUGGGCCCUAGAAUCGAAGAAGCUAAGAAAUAG